AAUUGAUGUUAUUAAAUGGAUUCCAAAGAAGAGAAUUUAACCUUGGCAAAAAUGUUUCAGUACUAUCAGCAAGAAGCAUCGAAACUGCGUGCUCAAAUCAGUAAUCUGCAGAAUCAAAACAGGAACAUGCUUGGUGAAUCAUUGGGGGCUUUGACACUGAGGGAUCUCAAGAAUCUGGAGAGCAGGGUCGAACGAGGAAUUAGCAGAAUCAGGUCCAAGAAGAAUGAGUUGCUAUUUGCUGAAAUUGAAUACAUGCAAAAGAGGGUAAGAAAUCAUAUAUUAACUCAUUAUUGAUUCUUGUCAUACUUU